AGUGAGAUAAAACAUGCUAGUGAGAUAAGAUAGGCUAGUGAGAUAAGACUUGCUAGUAAGAGAAGAUGUGCUAGUGCUAGUGAGAUAAGACGUGCUAGUGAGAUAAGACUUGCUAGUGAGAUAAGAUGUGCUAGUGAGAUAAGACGUGCUAGUGAGAUAAGACUUGCUAGUGAGAUAAGACUUGCUAGUGAGAUAAGACGUGCUAGUGAGAUAAGACUUGCUAGUGAGAUAAGACUUGCUAGUGAGAUAAGACGUGCUAGCGAGAUAAGACGUGCUAGUGAGAUAAGACGUGCUAGUGAAAUAAGACGUGCUAGUGAGAUAAGACGUGCUAGUGAGAUAAGACUUGCUAGUGAGAUAAGACUUGCUAGUGAGAUAAGACUUGCUAGUGAGAUAAGACGUGCUAGUGAGAUAAGACGUGCUAGUGAGAUAAGACGUGCUAGUGAGAUAAGACGUGCUAGUGAGAUAAGACGUGCUAGUAAGAUAAGGACAAGGGUGUUGCUGUUUGUUUCUGAAGAUAGAGCCACUUCCUAAUCUUACCCCUAACCUUAGCCUAAGUAACUUUGACCUUUUAUCCCUUAUCCUUAUCCCACGCUAAGGACAAAUAGCCCAAGUAGCUUGGACUUUUCUCUAACCUUGCACAUAAAUUCUGUACAGUCCUUUACUGCUGCUGCAGUGUAAUGAGUAGCAUUAUAUAAGGGCUGUACUGAGGUCAGUGUUGACAGACAGAGCAAGCCUUGAGUGGACAAGACAGCACCAUGAAGCUGACCCUGGACCAGUUAUCAGCCCAGCUCAGCUUCACUCCUCUGCUGCACGUAGAGAACGCCACACAGGCCAGACUCAACAACAGUUACAGCUUCUACGACUCCCUCCUCCUCCCCUCAUCCUCCUCCUCAUCCCUCCUUCCCCCUGACUCUCUCCUCCCGUCUUCCUCCCUCUACCCUCCUGAUCCUCCCCUCUUCUCCUCCUCCUCGUCCCUCUUCCCCUCUUCCCUCCUCCCUCCUGAUGAUUCAGAGCUGACCAGUUUGUUAUGGACGGUCCAUGAGCCGACCACGGUGGCUCUGACACUCAUGUACUGCCUGUCCUUCCUGGUGGGGUUCGUAGGGAACAUCAUGUCAAUGAAGGUGCUGACCAACCGACGUAGCGAGAGGCUAGCCGCGGUCAGCGCCACACGGUACCUCCUGGUUAACCUGGCGGUGUGCGACCUGGCCGUGGUGUGUGUCUGCAUGCCCAUAACGCUGGGUCACCAGAUCUACUCGGCCUGGGUCUACGGGGACUUCCUGUGCCGAGCGGUCCCCUUCACCCAGGCCGUCUCCGUGUCGGCUAGCGUGCUAACGCUAACGGUCAUCAGCGUCAAUCGUUACUUCAGUGUACGCUGCCCGCUCCGCGCCCGCUCCCUCUUCACCCGCCGCCGGAUCCUCGGGACGGUCGCCGUGGUGUGGGUGGUGUCAUCGGCGAUCUGCGCCCCAUUGGUGUUCAUGAACCGGCGAGAUGAGAUCAGCCUGGGGGCGUCGUUUGUGAUCCCUGUGUGCCAGGAGGUGUGGCCGGGGCCGCGUCUGAAACAGGGCUACACCGUCCUGCUCUUCGUGGCGCUCUACUGCAUCCCCGUGACCUUUAACCUCACCAUCGGCUUCCUGACUGGCCGCCGGCUCUGGGGGGACGGGAAGCGGACGUUUACGGAACUCGACUCCCGAAGCCGAGCGCUGCACACUGAGCGCCUCAAGACAAGGAAGAAGAUCGCCAAAAUGGUGGUGUCCCUGGUGCUGCUGUUUGCAGUUUCCUGGCUGCCCCUGUAUCUGGCUGAGUUCUGGAUCGGCCGAGUGCAGCAUCCGCCAUCUUGGCUCAUGCAGAGCCAACCCUUUGCCCAGUGGCUGGGCCUCACCAACUCCAGCCUCAAUCCUAUCUGCUACUGUUUCAUAGGUGAUCUCCACCGUGGGGCCAAGGUGUUCCGUACCCACUACCACCGCCGGAUCGCUGCUCUCUUUGGUUCCUCUUUCGCCAACUCCGCCACGAACACUGCCGCCGAGGGAGGAGUAGCCGCGGCAACCGUGGCCGCGUCCACGGCAGCCAUUCCCAAGUUGUUUACCUUUUCCAGGGCGGCAGGGGGGCCAGGCAAGAUGGAGGACGGGUCUGAUAACAAUCUGUCUGACUGGUACAAGUCCAGCCCCAGUGUGUGUGAGAAAUCCCUACUACCCAGUCAUCCUGACAGGCCACAAACACUCUCUAUACGGACCGUCUGUGGGGACAUAAUGGACACCUCCCCUUUAAAUAGAGACUGUGGGGGUAGGAAGGACACAUUCCCUUUAAGAAGACACUCUGAGGACGAACGAGGGGACACCCUCCCUUUAUGGCCUUUAGCAUCUGGGGACAGAAGAGACACCUUGCAUUUAAGACCGGCCUUUGGGGACAGACUGGACAACCAGAUUGGACACCUCCCUUUAAGGCAAAUCUUGGACAUCUUCCCUUUAAGCACUGUCUCUGUGGACAGCAGAGUGGACACCUCUCCUUUAAGGCAAAUCUUCCCUUUAAGCACUGUCUCUGUGGACAGCAGAGUGGACACCUCUCCUUUAAGACCAGAUGGUGGGGGUGAGAAAACAGACAGCCUCCCUUUAAGAGGAGACACUUCUCCUUUAAGUCGAGACUCUGCGGACAUUAUAUCAGACCAUAUAACAAGCCUGUGAACUCUGUGGACAUUAUAUCAGACGAUAUAACAAGCCUGUGAACUCUGUGGAUCGUCAGAUGAAGUCAGAGAGAGAGAGAGAGAGAGAGACAGAGAGGCCUUGGAGGUAAUCACUAAUCUAUAGUGGAGAUGAUCACUGGGAGGGAUAAACACACACACACAUCCUGGAUCGAUAGACUGUCUGUUAUAUCAUCAACACAGUGGGACCUGUUUCUCUCCCUGCAGCCAGUUGGGAAACUACACCCAUUGGCUCACAGCCUGUGAUUGACAGCCCACGGUGAUCCUGCCCACUGGUGUUUACAAAGCAGUUUAUCCUCCGUCAGUAGGGAUAUUGUGCAUCCCAAAUGGCACCCUAUUCCCUACACAGUACACUACUGUUGACCAGAUUGGCACCCUAUUCCCUACACAGUACACUACUGUUGACCAGAUUGGCACCCUAUUCCCUACACAGUACACUACUGUUGACCAGAGCCCGUAGUAAAUAGUGUGUCAUUUGAGAUGCAUGGAUUGUCAUUGCUGCCCUGUGUUUAGACCAGAGCCCUAUUCCAUAUAUAGACCAGAGCCCUAUUCCAUAUAUAGACCAGGGCCCUAUUCCCUAUAUAGACCAGGGCCCUAUUCCCUAUAUAGACCAGG